AUUGCAUAAAAAAAAAAAAUUCACACCACACAACAUGGCAUCUUUAGCUGCAGAAGCCUCUUCUUUCUCCACUCCUCCUCCACCAAGAUCAUGGACCUAUCACGUGUUCUUGAGUUUCAGGGGUGAAGACACUCGCACACGCUUCACUGAUCAUUUAUGUGCCUCGCUUGAAAGGAAGGGAAUCACAACUUUCAAGGAUGACAAGGACCUUGAGAGAGGUCAAGUUAUCUCUCUUGAACUUCUCAGAGCAAUUCAAGAGUCUAUGUUCGCGGUAGUUGUUCUCUCGCCAAACUAUGCUUCCUCUGCUUGGUGUUUGGAUGAGCUUCAAAAGAUUGUGCCUGUCUUCUAUGGUGUUGAUCCCUCUGAUGUGAGGCACCAAAAAGGAACAUUUGCUGAAGCUUUCAGAAAACAUGAACACAGAUUUGGAGAAGGCAGUGACAAGGUUAGAAGGUGGAGAGAUGCUUUCACACAAAUUGCUAGUUAUUCUGGUUGGGAUUCCAAAUAUCAACUUGAGGCAAGAUUUGUGGAAAGCAUUUCUGAACACAUACAUAAAAAGCUAAUUCCGAAAUUGCCAUCUUGCACUAAAAAUCGUGUUGGGAUUGCUUCAAGGUUGGAGGAAGUGAUUAAACUCAUAGGUAUUGGGUUGAAUGAUGUUCGUUUUGUAGGGAUAUGGGGCAUGGGUGGCAUAGGUAAGACAACUAUAGCUAGAGCAGUAUAUGAAGGCAUCCGAGGUGAAUUCAAAGUUUGUUGCUUCAUGCGGAAUGUUAGAGAGUUGUCUGCAAAAAAUGGUUUUGUUCAGUUGCAAAGAGACCUUCUUGCAUGUCUAAACAUAAGUAGCUCUUUUCAUGACAUAGAAGAUGGAAAAACAACGAUAAAAAGUGCUUUGUGUAAUAAGAAAGUUCUUCUUGUUCUUGAUGAUGUAAGUGAGCUAAACCAGUUAGAGAAUUUAGCAGAGAAUCAAGAUUGGUUUGGACCGGGAAGUAGAAUAAUAAUCACAGCCAGAGAUAUGCACUUGCUAGAUAUACAUGGAGUCCAUGGAACUUAUGAAGUUAAAGGGUUAGAUCGAGAAGAAGCUUAUAAUCUGUUUUGUUUGAAAGCCUUUAAACAACUUGAACCUAAACAAGGAUAUUGUUCUCUGUCUAAAGAAGUUGUGAUAUAUACUAAAGGUCUUCCUUUGGCAGUUGAGGUUUUAGGUUCCUAUCUAUAUAGAAGAAAUGCUGACUUUUGGCAUAGUACCAUUAGAGAAAUAAUGAGUUUUCCACAUUUUGAAGUUCUCAAUGCGUUGAAAAUAAGCUACAAUCAUUUGAUGCCAACAGAGAAGAGUAUUUUUCUUGAUAUUGCUUGUUUCUUCAAAGGAAUGAAAAAAGAUGAGGCAAUACAUAUAUUAAGAAUGUGUGAUAUUUAUGUUGGAGUUGGAAGUGAUAUUGGAAGCGGAAUUGUUACAUUGAUUGAUAAAGCUUUGGUAACUUUAGAUCAAAAUAAUAAGUUAGAAAUGCAUGAUUUGCUUCAAGAAAUGGGGAGGCAUAUUGUGUAUGAAGAAUCUCCAAGUAACCCAGGCAAGCGUAGCAGGCUGUGGUCUAAAGAUGACAUUCAUCAAGUGUUGACAAAUGAUCUGGGAACAGAAACAAUUCAAAGUAUGGUUCUAAGCUUUGGACAAGAUAAGUUUUAUUGGUUUCGGAAUAAGCCAUUCUCAGCACAUUGGAGCAUUGAAGCCUUCUCAAAAACAACACAGUUAAGAUAUCUCAGUUUACCAUACAUGGAACUUCCCCUUGGCCUCAACCACUUCCCUAGUUCAGUAAGAGUUCUGCAUUGGGAUUUUUGUCCUUUGGAAACUCUCCCCUUGUUAAAUCAACAAUAUCAAGCUGUUGAAAUCAAAAUGCAACGUAGCAAUCUUGAACAAGUUUGGCAUGGAAAAAAGUUUUUGGAAAAGCUGAAGUACCUGGAUUUGAGUAGCUCCCGCAACCUAAAGCAGACACCUGAUAUUUCCGGGGUUCCCAUUCUUGAAACACUUGAUCUCCAAGGUUGUGAUAGCCUAACUGAGGUUCACAUAUCCCUCAUACACCACAAGAACCUUGUUCACUUAAAUCUAAGCUACUGCGAAAUGCUUAAAACUCUUCCAGGUAAAUUAGAGAUGAGUUCCUUGAAGGAGUUGAUCAUUGAGCAUUGUGAGAGUUUUGAAAAUCCCCCAGAGUUUGGAGAAUGCAUGAGAAAAUUGUCAAGGCUUUCUCUAAGUGGAACUCCUAUUAGAAAGUUGCCCUCAUCACUUGGAAAUUUAGUUGGCCUUGAAGAUUUGAGCAUAAAGGGUUGUGGAAAACUUGAUUCUGUUCCUGAUACCAUUCAUAGGUUGAAGUCCCUCAAGAACUUGGAUCUUGGCUCUUGUUUUAACCUUCAUGGAUUACCAUCUUCAAUUUCAAGCCUCCCCUUGUUGAGUAAUAUAAAUUUGAGUGGAUGUUAUCAGAGUGAAAUAUCUUUCUCUCAUGAUCUAUUUUGCUACUUCCCAUUAUUGAUGCAUUUGGAUCUAAGUGGUCACUGGUUUGCUAAUAUCCCAAUAAGCAUUCAUGAACUUUCCAAGCUUAGGUCCCUUAAGCUAAAUAGAUGUGGUUGUCUUCAGUUUCUGCCAAAACUUCCAUCUAGUAUUAGAGAAUUAGAAGCAUAUGGGUGUAGAUCACUGAACAUACUUGAAUCCAAUGUUUUGUCAACCAUUUGCACUGCCUUUAAAUCUUCUAGUAGCCAGGAUCAAGAAAAUCAAGGUGUGGUCUUGGAAAUGCUGAUCCCAAGUACCAAAAUUCCAUCUUUGUUUGUCAAUUAUUCACUGAAUGGUAAUGAUGCAGCACAAGCACUAGUCCCAUAUCCAAGUGAUUGCCGUCUGAAUAAAAAUUUAAAGGGUAUUGCAGUAUGUUUCCUGUUUUAUACAACGUUUUGGGGAUUUGAUAAAUCAGUGAAGUUGAAUUUGUCUGUUAGCAAUGGUAAUAGGUGCAUCAUUCCUUGGAGAACAUAUAGAAUGUGUGAUGGUUAUCACCUUUACAUUCUCUGCUUGACCAAUGAUUACUUCAGGGGAGAAUUUCACCGAGAUAUGGGGUUUAAACUAUUGCUUCGGCCAGAGGUUGAGUAUGGGGAAUUUGAUUCUGAAGAGUUCGAAUAUCUUCCUUGUUAUCAUGCCAAAGUAUUGAGCACUGGCUGGACAUGCAUUGAGGAUAUUGAAGAUUUGAACAAAAGUGAGAUUGAAAGGCAAAAGAAUGAAAGACAAAGUCUGUUUGACUUGAACAAAAGCAUUGAGAUAAUGGAUAUAUGUGAGACAAACAUAUUUGAAGAUGAUGUGAGUGAACUGAACAACUUUGGCAGGGAAGAAAGUUUUUGAAGAAGCUGGAGUAUACAAAUUUGAUUUUGGCCAAGAACUAAAGUGAUCUCAUUUUUCCGGGUCUGGAAACAUGAAACAUCAGUUCUUAAAAGCUGUGGAAGCCUUAGCAAUGCACAACUUCAGUUGUUGUCAAUCUGCAUUGUGUUAUAUAAAUUUGAGUUUGAUGUAACCAUGCAUGAAACGAUUUGAAUUUAUAAAAUACUAGAAU